GAGUUGUGCCAGUGAUGAGCUGUGGUGUAGGUACUCAUGAGCCUGACAGUGUAAACCUUUCCCAAAUUAUUAAUUCCCCAUCCCACAAGCCACCCCAAAGGCUACUGUGCUGCUGUAGUGACCCAGGAGUUCAGUAGUGCAUUAUACAGAGCUCUACAAUGCACACACACCCUGUAACCCCCCAGCACCACCUUUGGGCAGGAGCUGAAGGAAACAAUCUCAGAGUGGCCUGAGAUCCUACCAAGCAGCCCCAUUUUGGCCCAUAUAGGUCCCCUUGGUUUUAUUUGAAUGGACUCAUGGUGGAGCCUCUGUAUGCCCAGGAAAAGAAACACUGCAAGUAAUCCUCACUAUUUCUAUUUCUCCCUGAACAGGAUGUCUCUUCCUAUUCCUCGUGUGGGUUUGGUCUCUACUGCCCCUCUCAGGGAACAUCUGUCAGCACAUCACAUCUGUAAAGAAAGGCAGGGAAGUUCAUCUGCUGGACCAAGAAGUUGUCCUGGAUUUCCUCAGCUCUGCAUAUGCCUCCUGUUUGACAGCACCUUCUCCACCUGCCCAGCCACAGCCCGUGUUCUCUGGCCACCUGGGACUUCACCUCCUUCCUUUGACACUUCCACAAAGAGGAACUGGUGGGAGCGACUUUCUGGUGCUGGUGUGGAAGAUGAGGCUGAAUGAGAACCGGACAAGAUCCUUCCAGGCUGCUGUCACGGUCCACAAAUACCCGGGCAGGCAGGUCUAUGUGUUUCCUGAUGGCCCAUCUGACUCGGAGGAGUCCUCGGAGGAGGAGGAGCUCAACGUCAUGGAAUUGCGGCCCAGGGGGAAGGAGCAGCAGCGGGGCAGCACUUCCCGGGACAGGCCUGGAGAUGUGGUGCUUCUGGAGCGGGAGCUCACGGAGGGUGACAGCCUGAACAAGCUGGCCCUGCAGUACGGCUGUAAAGUCGCCGACAUCAAACGGGUCAACAACUUCAUCCGGGAGCAGGACCUGUACGCGCUGAAGUCCAUCAAGAUCCCGGUGAAGGCGCACGGGCUGCUCACGGAGAGCAGGCGGGAGCUGCGGCCGCUCCCUCCGGCCCAGCCCGGGCUGACCCGCGUGGAGCUGCCGGAGCCCGACCCCGGCACGGGCGGAUCCACCAACGGCCAAAACCUCAGCGACUACUUCAGGGACAUCGACCAGAGCAUCCAGGACGCCGUGCAGGUGGAGGUGCAGCUGAACACAGAGUACUGUGGGGAGCCACUGGAGAGGCCUCUGCCCGAGCCAGGGAAGCGGGACACCGGGAACGGUGCGGACUGCGGGAUCCAGUGGUGGAACGCCGUGUUUAUCAUGCUCCUGAUAGGAAUUGUGCUGCCAGUAUUUUAUAUCAUCUAUUUUAAAACACAAGGCCUGGUGGCCCACACCUCCAACACAACAGUAACCUCAAAUGUUUCAACAGCUGGAUUGGAAGGGAAACUACCACAAAGCUCAGUGGUAGGAAAAAAGUCCUAAGGGGAAACGGGAGACCCCUCCAGUCUCUCCAGCAGUGGUGCCCACACUCUCGUGACUGACCCAAGUGCAUCUAAGGGGAUAUAAUGAUACAGAUAAUUUUUAUUUUUAUAAGUAGCUGCUGAUGGAAUCCUGAACUUAACUGAAAGUGAGGUGGUGUGAUUGUGAUGGAAAAAUAAGGAUGAUUUGUUGGUUAUGAAGGUCACUGAGCAGGUGGGUUAAGAGUGGGGAACUCUGUUGAGGGAAGGUACUUUGUAGCAAUUUAUUGUGAUUGCUUCAGGUAUUUCUUAAUGCCGUGUCUGGAAGCAAAUCCUUUGCUGCUGAGCUAGAGAGUGCAGUAUUAAUGUGCUUGGAAAGUUGGGGGUUGUUUGUAUUUUAAAGAAACACUUUUUGCUGGAGCAGAAGGGGGGGCUCUUUCACUCAGAGCUGUCAUUUUUAUUUCUUGCAGAUCAUGGUGGUUUUGGCUUAACGCUAAACUGAUGGCUCUAAGCUGGGUGUGCCAGCCCCUCAUCAUCCUCCUCCUGAGCAAACCUUUGAGCUGGGUUUAUUAGGUUGAUGUCAAGCCCCUCCCCUGGAUGAGCCCAGACCUCUCCCCUCCAUGAAAUCCUUCAGAGAUGGGAUCUCGGUGCCGGACCCGUGCUGUCCCCAGGGUGCAGCCAGAGCCAGCCCUGCCACUGCAGGUGGGCAGAGGGUGUUGGAGGAGGAUGUGAGAGCAGGGAGAGGAGUUGUACACUCCUCUCAAGGGCUCUUUUGUUGGCAGGGGGGUGUAGUCAGUAUCACUUGUUAAAAAUACUAAUAAUAGUCUAUAAUGGUGCAUCUCAGACACCCAUGUCAGUCACAGACCUGAUUUCCCUGUGUGCAGAUUUCAUGGGAGCAAAGUGCCGAGUCCCAGGCAGGGUGCAAGGUCCAGGGCAGAAGUCCAAGGCACAGAAAGAAGCGUAAAGCCUUUCUAGGACAGGACUGAGCUGAUUGUGAAGCGUUCUGUGACCUGCAGACGUGCAUUAAAAAGCUGCUGAGGGUGUAGGGAAGAGUGGGGGAGCUUCGGAGGGCAGAGGGCUGUGCUCUUCAGGGUGACACUGAACACUGCCUGCUGGGAGGAGCAGCAAGGGAGGCUUUGGGAGCUUUGCUGCAGAGCAGAAUUGGCCUCAGAAAUUGGAUUCAUCAAUUCCAGGCCUGCAGGCAGAGGUAAUUCCAGGCCUUCCUGGAACCAAACACUAAGGGAUUUCCACCCCACACAAGCAGAACUGUGUGAUGUUACAAUGACAACCUGUGUUUCCUGCAGCUCUCAAAAAAAGUGCUCAGGAAAGCCUGAGGGAACCUAAUUUUGUAAAUGAGGACUGUAAAGUAUCUUAUACUGAACAAAACCUUGUAUUUUUCUUCUGUGAAGAGCUGUAUCUCUUUGUUCUGGGGGCGGGGGGGAUUUCUUACAUUUUUAAAUAAAGCCACAUGAAAUAAUAAAAGCA